AUGAACCCGGAGUCUGGCAAUGUUGAGAUGCGUCGAUCCUGGCUUUUACCUGUUCUUGGCCGUGUAAAGAACACGCAGCAUCCAGGCAAUCUCGACUUUUUGGCUGAUCGUCUCCUAACUUUAGCUGAUCGUGCUGUCAUUGUUGCACAGCACGUAGCAGCCCAUUCUGUCAAAUCUCGAGCUAUAAUUGUUCGCCUGGCUCUUCGCUUAGCACAGGAUAUUUGGCGCUAUAGCAUAGGAGCCACCCUUUCUGGGUUGGCCUGUUCAGCCAAGGCCAGUCCCUUGGGUGGAUGGGGCCGCCUUCGCUCUAGUGGGUUAGGUCGCCGACUGGCUUGCCAACUGAUUUCGGCGCCUGCUUUGACCUCCUGUCUCCUGCGAGCAAUCACCUGUUUGGCCACGCAGGCUGCACGGCAUGCUGCACUAGUUGGGGCUAGUGAUCAGUCUUGUGGCAUAGGAAUAGAUUCCGGUCUGCUUCAGGGAACUACAACUGAAGAUGGUAGGCCAUUCUAUAGUCACUUACAUUUGCUAAGCAAACUUGUGCCUAACUUGUUUCAUUAA